AUGUCGGGGUCUAAUAAAUUGAGAGCUCUAAAAACUUGCGUACAGAGCAGGAAUGCAACAAUGUCUUUUUCCAUCCUCCUCACUCUGAUGACCGCCUGCAUGGACUGCAUGCCCACCACAUCCCCUGGUUACGCCGUCGUUGUUGACGCUGGCAGUUCUGGCACCCGAUGUUGGGUUUACAAGUUGACUCCGGUCGCUGGUAACAAACUGCCAAAAAUUGAAGCGCUAGGCAGCGAAAAAAGUCCUGGUGGCUUAGCAAAGUUGUACGUAAAGGACCUUAAUGUCGAGGGAAUUAAAAAUAAAAUAAAUGAUCUUUUGAAUUUUGCCAAGGGAAAAGUGCCAGCUGAUCAACAUUCAAAAUCGCCCAUCUAUUUCAUGGCCACUGCAGGGAUGCGUUCUUUAAAAGAGCUUGAAGCAAUACCUGUAUUCGAAAGUAUCAACCAACUGCUGAAUGACAAGACAAAAUGUCCAUUCAAAGUGGAAGUACCUGCACGAAUCCUUGCUGGUCAGGAAGAAGGAUUGUUCUCCUGGAUCACUGUUAACUACCGCCAAGGAAAUUUAGAUGGCUCAAGCUCAACAGGCAAAACCACCCGCGGCGUGUUGGAGUGUGGUGGAGCAUCCCUCCAAAUAGCAUUUGUACCUCAGGCUCAGAUACUUGACAGCGCUUACUACUUCAAGUUUUACACCAAUACAUUCCUCAUCUAUGCACACAGUUUCAUGAAUUAUGGUCAGGAUGCUGUCGUUGACAACCUAGAAAAAGGUGCUCUGAAUGCCUCUGGGACAGCUGAUCCAGUUACUGACCCAUGCAAAAUGAAAAAUUUUAAUGAGAAAAAAAAAGAUACAGACACUAAAAACUGGAAGGGUACCGGUGAUAUCAAUGGUUGCGAAGUGGCAGUCAAGAAACUUUUUAGAGCUAAUGAUUUUUGUAGUCCGGAACCAUGCACAGUCAACAAUGUCUAUCAACCAUCCAUACCAAAAGACAUGAAUUUCGUCAGUAUUGGAGCAUUUUACAACACGUUUAAGGAUAUUGGUGUGGUCUUAGACAAACCAUUCAAAGUACCAGUUGUAAAAGAAAAAGCAAGGGAGUACUGCUCACAGGACUAUACUGUGUUCAAAACCACACACGAAUUGGAUAAGCCAGAAAAUAAGGGUAAGAAAGUUUUCAUGAUGGAUGCUUGCACAAUGGCAGUGUACUUCUCCGUCCUGCUGAGUGAUGCCUUCAAAUUUCCAGACGGUACCGAACAAAUUACUCCUGUCAAACAGAUCCAGGGCGUCGAUAUUGAUUGGACAGUAGGUGCUCUUAUUUACGAAACUGAGCACGGAUCAGGCCAGAGACAGUCAGGAGGUGGAAGUGGGGAUGGUGGUGGCGGCGGCGGCGGUGGUGGUGGCGGUGAUGGGGGUGGAAGUGGAGGUGGGAAGAGACCCGAUAAACCAUGCCCUGGCGGGGCUUCACCCAUUAUUUUGAAGAAUUUUGAACUUUUUGUACCGGUUGUCAUGUCUUCGUUGCUGUCAUCAUUGUUGUCAUAUUUAUAA